GUCGGAGGGAAGAGGCGGAGCAGGGAGGUGACACGUCGGGAGAUUGUUGGGAGCUGCUCUUAGAGGAGGAAGGAGAGUGAAUGGGAGUCACACAGAGAGACUCACAGAGAGAGUGACUGCUGGGAGUCACACAGAGAGAGAGACUCAUACAGAGAGAGUGCUGGGAGACACACACUGAGAGAGAGACCCACACACAGAGAGAGAGGGCUGGGAGCUGCUCUUAGAGGAGGAAGGAGAGUGAAUGGGAAUCACAUAGAGAGACUCACAGAGAGAGUGACUGCUGGGAGUCACACAGAGAGAGAGACUCAUACAGAGAGAGUGCUGGGAGACACACACUGAGAGAGAGACCCACACACAGAGAGAGAGGGCUGGGAGCUGCUAUUAGAGGAGGAAGAAGAGUGAAUGGGAGUCACACAGAGACAGAGAGUGACUGCUGGGAGACUCACAGAGAGACAGACUGACUCACACACAGAGAGACAGACAGAGUGAGAGAGGGCUGGGAGCUGCUAUUAGAGGAGGAAGAAGAGUGAAUGGGAGUCACACAGAGACAGAGAGUGACUGCUGGGAGAGACUCACAGAGAGAGUGAGAGUGAGAGAGAGCUGGGAGCUGCUAUUAGAGGAGGAAGGAGAGUGAAUGGGAGUCACAGAGAGUGACUGCUGGGAGACUCACAGAGAAAGAGAGAGAGACUCACACAGAGAGUGACUGCUGGGAGACACACAGAGAGACAGACUGACUCACACACAGAGAGACAGACAGAGUGAGAGAGGGCUGGGAGCUGCUCUUAGAGGAGGAAGGAGUGUGAAUGGGAGUCACACAGAGAGUGACUGCUGGGAGACACACAGAGAGUGAGAGAGACUCACACAGAGAGUGAGACUGCUGGGAGACAUGGGGAGAGAGGGCUGCAGAGAGACAGCUUAGUGGGCAUUACCAGCUGUGUGUGAGAGACUCCAGCACAAAGUUAGACAGUCAGUCUGUGCUCCUUCGCACUAUUUACAUCCUCAGUGAUUCUAUUUAUUGGGACCCAGAGCUGAGUGAGGGGACUGUUAGAGCAACUCCUGGAAUUUGGGGGAUUCUGUGCUGGUCCCCUAGGAGUCCCCCCUUCUCUAGUUAUCUAGGUAGACACAGGGGACAUGAGCUGGACAUAGCAUAUGAGAGACCGCUAAUUCUCACGCACAAUUUGCAGACCGAGGCCAGUGCCCUUGGCACUGCUCAUCUUGGGAUUUGGGGGGUUGCAGGCUGCAAUGCGACUGUCCAUGUUACUGUCAUUGCUCCGGCCUGCGGGCCCCGUGGUGGUGGGCAUUUCUCUGGGCUUUACACUCAGCCUGCUAAGUAUAACAUGGGUAGAUGAACCAUGUGGGAGUAUAUUGAGGCUCCCCGGGGGGUCAGGGUUGGCUUCAGACCCCAUACAUGAUAGGAGCAAUGUUAAUUCAGCCAGAAAACCGAACUCCGUUCCAGCUGGGAUGGAGAACGGCGAAAAUUUUGAACCCAGAAUCAUUCCUUACAAGCCACCGGACCCCCGCAAAGUGCAGGAGAAACCCAAUCGGUGAGUAUGCUGAUUGCUCUUCUAUAUGUGAGUUCCCAAAUGUGAAGGACACAGAAAUUUGUGAUUCCAGUAAAUAAAUAAAGACUGCAUUCAUUUUUGUGUCUGGAAUUUUUAUAGCGCCAACUUAUUCUGCAGCGCUUGACAAUAUUAUAAAGGGGAAAUUUAACAAUAAACUAUACAGUUACAAAUUGUUACAAGGACAAAAUGCUGAUGCUGUAUUAUGUUCACCUGUUAGAAUUAUGUGCUCCAAUAUUUACAUUUUUCCAAAUGUGAAUAGAUGGGUUUAAAUGUACUGGCAGUACCGACCUGAUCACUCUGUUUCAUAGUGUGUCGUAAGUAUUAAUUUUGUUAGUUCUUACAGUACGUUUAGUAUGCUGUGACUGUAAUAUCCUACAGCAAAUACCAUAUUGUCAUUUGACGUGGCAAAAGAACCAUAUUAUCCUAUUUAAUGUAUGCGUCCAUGUCUGGAUUGUCUGUAAUUUUCUGUCUAGGAAAUAACUAAACCUCCUGUAAUUUGCACAGUGAUGACUAAAUUUGCCCUAUGUUAUUAAUCUAAGGUUAGAACAGACGUGGUCAUACUCUUUCUAGUAUAAUUGGCCGAAUAAUGCUAAGAUGUAAUCUCUGAACGCUUUACUUGAUUUAUGAAAAUAAAUUUAAACAGAAGAACGUAUUCUGGAUUCUAUAGAUUUACUUAUUUUUUUUUUAAUUAAUAAAGGUAUCAUGCAUUUUAAAAAUUAAAUUUUGUAAGGAUGAAUGGCUAAUACUAAAUAUACCGUUUUUUCUUUUGGAACUUUUUAUAAUUUUAUAAUGCAUGUCCUCAUCAUAUACAUAUUUGUAUUGUUAGAUUUCCAAAUGCUUGACUGAGUUACUACUUGUUUUAGGUGGCAGAGGGGGUGAUUAUAAUGGCCAGGUCGUAUAGGCUAAAGGAGUAUUGUAAAGCGUGAUAAAUCAUAUUUCUCAUAUUGUCGUUUGAGGUGGAAUAGGGAGCUGGAAACGUGUAUAUGGAGUUAUUGUUAUUAGCUGUAAUAUGUAACAUUUUCUACAACACUUUACAAUAGAAAGGGGAUACGAUCUGUGAGAGUGUGACUUCUAGGAGAGGUAUAGAGCUGACAAAAAAAUAUUACUAUUCAGGUACCGGGUAUUACUCUGCUCAGGUACUGGCUAUUAGUGUGCAAUACAGGAGAGCGAGGCAAAUAUUUUUAACACAAGGACCUGGUAAGUGUAUGUAUGAAAAUGAUAAAAUUUUUAGCAUGCAUGAAUACACAAGCACAAAGAGCAAUGGAUCAAAGUCCAAUGUUUACAUUAAAAGUAAAAGCAUUUCUAUGCUACUAUUUGCCGCAUAACUGAUGAUGGGCGUUCCCCCGCUCUGCAUGAGGACAUCCAGCGUCAGUAACAUGCCUAUAGAAAGCAAUGCUUUCCUAUAGGGAAGGCCUAAAAAUCUUGCGGGUGACGUUGGGUACGUACAGGUGCAUCCAGACUCCUACCACCAUUACUUCUUUAAAUCACUGUAGUAGUCAUGGUGCUUGGAGUAACCCUUUAAUCCAUGGGUUCAUUACAGAACACAGACAAUAUUUGAUUUUUUUUUUUUUUUUUAAUAGUAAUAAAACAUUUUUGAAGGUUUUCCUUUUAAAGUGAUACCAUUCAGUUUUUGCAGCAAAAUUGAUCAGUGUUGGCUCUACCAUUCAAUAAUCAGCAGCCGAGGCUUAGUUGAAUAGUCCGCUUGCUAUAAUUCUGAUUAAGUGGUUUAUUUUUUUUUUUAUGUUCUUACUUGAAGUUUACCGAAAUGUUUUAGGGUUAUUAACUAAAAUAAGAAUUCAAGGUUAGCACAAAAGUGAAUUUCAAUUUUAAGUCGGCUAUGCUUUUCAUUCAGCUACUCUGGCCAUAAAUUUGAAAUUCACUUUGAAUUCUCACCUUGGUAUAAUAACCAUGUUUGUUUGGCCAUGUGGUUAAUGAAAGGAACAAUCGGGAUACAGAGCUCCCCGUCCUCUUCGUUCAUUGUUCAUUUUAGCUGCUGCAAUUUGUCAAUUUACUGCUAUAUGCCACCUUGACCUCACAGGAGGAAGCCAUGAUUUCCCACUGCCCCUAGACCUCUCUAGAUGCAGUCAAGUAGUUACAUUCAUGAAAACCCUUUCAUGAACUGUUUGGUUCUUGUAUAAGUUUCCAAGUAGUUUCAUUAUUUGUUUGUUGUGCAAAUGACACGACUUGUGAUCACUUAUUACAUAUUUGACAAACCCCUGCUGGGCAAAUGGGAACAAUAGGAGGACCAAGUCAUACAAACAAAAAAUCCGCCACUUCCUGGGAUAGUUAAAGACUCGCAUGCAGACCCAGCUACUGCACUCCCUAGGCACCGUGGAUGUCAGAAGUGAAACUACCUUCUCUGGUAUCUGACAGAAAUAUAGAUAAACCCCCAUUACUGCAGUAAUGUUUGCAAAUUGCUGCAGUGACUUGUGCAGUCAUGCAGCCCAGGGGACCUACUUGCACCCAUUAUGUAAUGAGCGUUUGCUAUUUGUGCUUAUAGUGACACUAUAAUGUUUGCUCUAAACCUCGCAAGUCUAGAGGGUGAGUUGAUAAACUUGUCAAGUUCAUGCAAAUGUCUUGGUUAUUCCGACUCUCCUGGUAACAUAAAUUAUUUGUACAGUAAAUGGUCAAAGAAAGAGUAUCCACUUUUAAAGAAAAUCAUUUUUUUAAAUUUUUUUUGCAUCUGUACACUAUUACCAGUAUUCUCCAAAUAUUUGCCUUUUUAGCCACAAAUGCGGGUUUGUUUGUUCGCCAUUAAGCAAACCAUAUACAGUGUGUUUGUGUAACAUGCAUGUUGCUUUUCUGAUUGUGGUGUGACUGUGUAGGUGUCCCGUGGUGACGACAGUUGGCUGUGUGUCUGUAGUGUGAAUCCAACCAGCAUGCUCGGAGAGGUCUCGCUUACUGUGUUGUGCGUAGUAUUGUAUUCCGUUUCUGGGCCCCUGACAGAUUUAUUUACUCUGUUAACAGACCAUGUCCUCCACACUCCACUUUGAGCAUCACUUCAGGAAGUCAUUUCUGAGUAUAAAUGUUUCCUUGUGAUGUGGGUUCUGAUUGCGUUAACUUGUUCACUGUAGACAAAUGUGCCCUUGAGGAUAACUGGAGCCAUGAACUAUUUAGCUGUAAGAGGACCUCCUCAGUAGGGGUAAUUUUCUUUGUUAUCAAGGGGGCUUCUUUUGAAUUUCUCAAGAAAACUUGUUGGGAAAUAAAAAUGGUUUUCAUUAGAAGUGAUUACUUCCUUACAGUAAACUCUGGGUUUUAUGGAUUCUAGUAAGUAGGAAAGCAGUGAUUCGAGAAGCCCCACUGAUGGCCAGGUUCUGCAGUGUUGUCUCUGUUGCUCAAUGAUUAUUUUUAUGGACAUGUAAUUUCUUUUAGGGGCAUUUUCAAGGAUUUUGACAGCCUGUUCUCCUUUCUAAGGUUAUGUUGCAAGCUCCCUCAUCUGUUCCUCCCAGCUGAUGUUGGAAUAUUUGCUGGACCUGGACAGAGAAUGGAGUAGAACGAUGGCCAGACAGGGCAACCAGUCGUUAUUGGAGCAAUAGGGUAGAGAAUGACCACAUGUUGAUUUUAUACUGUAAUCUGUGGAAUCUAGAACAAGAAUUCCAACAAACAACAUCAUUGUUAUUGUUUCUCUCCUAUAUAUCUCUAAUCGCAGUCAGAUGGCCUUGACCUUUAAAGUGUAUUAAAUUUGAAUCUUUACAUUUUCCAGCAUUUCUGUAGCAUAGUAUACAGAUGAAAUCUACAUAAAGAAACCUUUCAAGCACUAUUUGUUUUGAAACUUGGUAAUGACAAAUUAAAAAAGGAAAUUACAUGUGCAUUUUUAAUUUUUUAAUUUUUGUAUUUUUUAUUAAUUCCCUACAACAGAGACGUUUAAACUGGACCCAGAUUGAGCUAUAUCCCUGUUUGCUAAUUAGUCCCGCUACACUCGCAUAACUAGCACAUGUUCAAAAAACUUUCUUAUUAAUUAUACAGGCAAGAAAAUAAUAAUAAUGAACAUUUUUUUAUUUUAUGACUUCAAGGGAUACCAGAGUGCCAGGAAUACAAAGCUCCAACCCCUACGAUGUCCCUUGAUGAGCGGGCACUAAUGCGCAUGCGCAACAAAUGCUGUGUGUGCAUUAGACCGCCCCUAUAGGAAAGUAUUGAAUCAAUGCUUUCUUAUGGGGGAAAAAUCGGAUGCUAGAUAUCCUCAUGCAGAGCGUGAGUAUGUCCAGCGUCAGAUACUGGACCAAAGGUCCGUUUCAAUCCAGUAAUCCCUCUAGUGGCUGUCUGGUAGACAGCCACUGGAGGCAGACUUAGAUUGCAGUGUAUCUGGAAAUGCAAUGUUUUACAUUGCAGCACUAAGUGCAAAAGGGACACUGCAGCCUGGCCACUUUAAUGAGCUGAAGUGGUCUGGGUGCCUUAAGUGUCCCUUUCAGCAUCUAGUGUUUACAGUUAGAAUUUUUUGGCAUAAAAAGAGACUAUCCCUAGUUAAGAAAUACUUCCUGUUUUAUAGUGUAGAGAGAAGUUGAUUUAUGGGUGACCUUGAUAAAGCUAUACUUUAUAUGAGCUGGUCAGAAUAGAUUUUCUUUAUUUAUUUUUGUGUGGUUGUUUUUUUUUUGUUUUUUUUUUUAAUAUUGACAAAUACCAUUUUAUUUGAUUUUCACAACAUCUGUUAAAGGCAAAAAUGUAUUAAUGACUCCAACCUUUAUAGGAUCCCUAUAGUGUCAAGAAAACCCCUUCAGCAGCUUACCUUAUUCCACUGCCUGGCUCCCUCGGCGCUGGUGACCUGGAUUACUGGAGACUGGAUUAACCCUAAAUGUAAACAUAGCAGUUUCUCUGUUGGCAUCUGAAGGGUUAAAACCUGAGGGACCUGGCACCCAGACCACUUCAUUGAGCUGAAGUGGUCUGGUUGACUAUAGUGUCCCUUUAAGAUUAAAGGAACACUGUAGGAUUAGUGGCACGAACAUGUAUUCCUGACCCUGCAGUGUUAAAAACACAAUCUAGCCCCCCUAACUAUAGUAAAAUAUUACCUUUAUUCCAGUCUGCUGGUGUUGGCUCUGUCCCUGAUCUGCCUCCUUGGAUGACCUAAUCAGAAAAGACAGUGUUUACUGCAAAAAGGGUGCAGGGACUGACCAUACUCACUAAAACUACUACAUUAAACUGUAGUUAUUCUGGUGACUAUAGUGUCCCUUUAAGUCCAUAAUGUAAUUUGCAGAGGGACAGAAACAUACAGUCUUUAGAAUAAUGCCAUAGAACAAAUGGCUACUUUAGCUGCACCAGUAAAUCACAAGUACUUGCUAAAUGUUUCACUAAUGUUUCAUAGCCCAUCACUUACCAUCAAGAGUGAAUGGAUCUGUGCAAAUAUUGCAUGUUACAUUUUGAGUUGUGGAAAAUGAAGAUGAUGUAUUGGUCCAGUACCUGCUUAUAACAUUACUCACUGUUUGCAGAAUGUCUCCUUUUGAUCAUUGAGAUGAAGUAGUCUGGGUAACAGUUAAUUUGUACUUGUAUAUAACCAUUUACUUUUCUUCUUUUUCCUUAAUUGUGAUUUUAAAAAAAAGGAAUUUAUUUAUUGUAAUUUGUUACAAAGGUAUGUCAUAAGAUUGGUUAUAUGCUUCAUUUAUUAAGACUAAUAAUAGUCCCAAAUCCUCCCUUCUCAGUGACCUGUGCUGCAUAGGAAAGCUGUGAUCAUGCACUUUGUGGCCCCAGCACAGAGGCUUCUCAAUAAGAUGCCUUGAUUGGAAUAUUCCUGGCAUGGACUGAAAGGGAAGUCCUUGCAAAGGCUGCAGACAGCAGGCCUACAGAUUUUGCAAUCUGUUUUUUUUUCAUAUACUGUAUCCCCUAAGAAAGUAUAAAGGGAAAAAAUGCAUACAUGUUUCAUUUGGGGAUCUGUCUACUAAAGCGUUAUAUAAUUUAAUUGAAUUGUUACUUUUUAUUUAUAUAGCGCCAUCAGAUUCCGUAGCGCUGUACAAUGGGUCAACUAACAGACAUGUAAUUGUAACCAGACAACUGGACGUACAGGAACAGAGAGGUGGAGGGCCCUGCUCAGUGAGCUUACAUUCUAGAGGGAGUGGGGUAUAGUGACACAAAGGGUAAAGUUAACCAUAUCCUGUCAAUAAUAACAGUGGGCAUUGUAGCAGUGCACAUAUGCACUGACUGUACUUGUUCACACAGCCAUCUAAAUUGUGUACAUUAAAAUGACAUUUUAAGUACAUUCUUGCUUUGCCUUUUACUUGGAAGGUGCACUUGAAAUAAAUUUUCAAGGAACCUACUUGGUCCGUUUCAAAAGAAUUGUAAAAAUCAGCCCCCAUCUUAUGAAACCUGUCACUUUUUCUUUAUUUGUGUGUCCCUCCCCAGUAGAAACAUACUUUUUGGGUUUCCCACGCAGAGCCUGAUUUUCCAAGUAAAGAAUGAUAUAAUAUGGGUUGUCAGUGUCAAACCAGGGAGUCCUGCAUGACAAGUCUUUCUCGCUGAGGCUCGUGAUUAAAUAGAUUUGAAAUUCACCCAAGAAUGUGACCAGGAGCACAGGUGACAUUAAAGCGUGAUUGAGCACAAAUACAAAUGUGUAAAAUCUAAUCCUAUGCUAUGCUAGACACAAUUGGAUUUUUAACUUAACGAAAAAUAAAUAUAUAUAUAUAUAUAUAUAUAUAUAUAUAUAUAUAUUUAUAUAUUUAGUCUUGGAUUGAAUUGAGCACAGUGGCAGGAAUGUAUUACUUGGUUCAUUUGUACCGUUCCUAAUUGAAUUCCUUCUCACUUAUCCUGUCAUUGCAGCGUUUGACUUUUUUUUUACUUCUAUAUUAUAUCAUUUAAAAAUAAAAAAAAUAAAAAAUUCUUAAACCAAUAACCGCAUCUUUGACGCUCUUUGUGAAAUUAUGAUCCUUUAGCUCUUGAAAUGUAGUUUCCUUGCCUAAAACGCUGCAACCAGCUGACAUUGGUUCAUGGGAGUUGUAUGUGAACGCCACUAAUCUGUGAGAAUUGCCAAAGCCCUGCUUCUGCAAGAGCAAGUGUAGCUCCCUAUGUACGCUGACGUUUCUGCUAUGAGAGGGGGUUGGGCGCUACUUGUUCUCUUUUUGCAGUUAGCUCCCAGAUAUUCCGGCAGAUGGGCUUUGAUGGCCUUCAGUGUCCAUGAGCCUAUAGAAGAACUCUGACGGGAAACCGGAAAGUUGUGUUUGACUCAGUGCCCACUGCUCAUGCGGUGUGUUCUGCUGUUGACCUUCACGAUAAGCAUUACCAUGCCCACUCUUGGAAAUCACAGCUCCCUGCUGUUGAAAGUGUAACGAGUGUGCCAGCCAACUUUCCACGGCAACACAGAUUGAUUUGCGAGUCAAGUUGAUAAGUGACGUGCCUACAUUCUCAUAGUUUUCAUUUUAUUUUUCUGGAGGCUGCACAGUCAGAUUUCUUUCUUUUUUAUUUUUUAUUAUUAAAUAGGGACAAUGCUUUAAUAAAAGUGGGCACACAUAUCCCUUAUUAAUACUGUUUUUAAAACUUUUUUUUUUUUUAAAUGUAUCUAAAUAUGUAAGCAAAAGGUAGGAAUGUGGUGGAAGGCUCCAGGCCAAUGCUAAAUUAGGGCCUAAAUUAAUCUCGGCACCUGCAAAUGUGUUCCUGAGUUAAACAGAAUUCUGCACUUUGUUUAGUGUUCUUGUGAUUCACCUUACUAAUAAAAGAUAGAUGCCCCCGGCAUCCAACAUCAGCUAGACAAGCUCUCUCAUGGAAAUGUCAAUUUCAGAUAGGUAGUUGCAUAUGGCAGCAAAAUUAAAGGGACACACUAAGCACCAAUCGAACUGUAUCAUAAUGCAGUGAUUUAGUACAAUAGAGGCACCUCCUCAUCAAGGGCUUUGAAAUGUAAAAGUCUUCAUGUUGGUUGUCAUCACAUACAGAAUGAUGGCGCCAAAACAGUCUAAUAAAAUAUACUUUUAAACUCAAUCGGUUUUAUUGUUUUUCUUUAGCCAAUUAAGGUUUUUUUUUUUGUUUUUCAUUUCCUCUUUUCUUUCUGAAUUCUGCAUGUACCCACAUUCUCUGUGCCUACCAAUCUGCAGGUGCUCGAUUUCUCACUAGACUAGUUCCACUAGAUGUGAUCUUAUCACUUAUAGCUGUAAUGUCCCAAGUGUCUGCACAAGCUCUUGAUUAGACUGUGAGCUUAGUACAUCAGUAUACAUGGGUAGCCUGGGGUGAGUAAUGGGGAUAAACUAUUCACAUCAAAGCAAGCAAUUUAUUAGAAAGCUUCAGGGGAGGUGUUGACUUCUUAAACACUUUCUUUAAAAUUGGAGUUUAUACUCCAAUAACUAAGUUGCAUUGAUUUUUUUUUUUUUUUUUUUAAACUGAAUUACAGAUGUUAUUUUAACAUGCCGCUCAUGUUUAUUAAAUCCCAUAAUUUACAGAGCUGACAUCAUCCAUUCAUAUCCCAUAUACUGAAAGUAGUCCUUGGUGGUAUAUGUCCAAAAGUAUUAGAUUGGCGCAGUCACCAUUAAAACCAAAACGAUGAUGUUCCUGCUUCUUCAAUGGGGGGUGUAUCCAUUUUCAGUUGGUGACCGUUUUAUAAAUGCCUCACUUUCUUAUCUGAGUGACAGACCUGUCAAAGUUGGGACUAAAGUUAAACCAAGCUCCAUUUUUCUUUCUGAACCCAAAUUGAGCCAUUCCUCUGUCUUUGAUGGGUUGUAACGCUGCUCGUAUUGGUGAUGCAUUGACCCACUGAGUUUUAAUUUAAUAUUUAAUGUUAAUGUAUGUAGUAAUGUGGUUUUGUUUUGUGUAACUGCAUUUAUAGCCUUCCAACUCCUUCCUUCUCUAGGCUUAGAUUAUCUUAAUAUUUUAAAGCAAAGCACUGGAAAGCAAGCAGUACGUAUACAAAGUUGAGUUAUUUUUGAGUUCUGUAAGAGAAAACGUUUUCAGCUGCAAGUAAUUAAUUCACGGAAUAUUUUGUUUAACAUUGCCUCAUUUUAUAUUACCGUUGUGCUUUUUUAGAUGCAGUUAGGGAUGUUGUUGCAAUAAGUAGACUGCAUGCACCUCUAAAUCACAGGUUUAUGAGUUAAUUAGACUUUAUUGUACCUUAUCUCAGUUUAAAGUUUAAAGUCUUAUCUAUAAGGCUUUCAUCCCGUUUUCUGUAUAAACCUUUAUUGCUGUGUUUCUCAAGGUGUCCUGGCCACCCAUGGAGGUAAGUGGCCGAUUAUGUUUCAUUCGGAAGAUCAGGUGAGCAUUUAAUUUAUUGAUGCAUAAUUCACAAUUCAAUCUUAAUAAUGGUUCACUUAUCCAUAUUUCGAUAAUGGAAAAGCGCUUUUAGAAAGAUAGGAUUUACACAUGCUCUCAUCAAAGCGAAUUAUGUGAGCAUAAGGAGUGAACUGGUGAACCUUUAGAUAUGAUUGUUUUAGUGGUUGUGGUCCACAAUCUUGGAAAAACAAUUUAACUGCUCAAUAUGAGAAGUGUAUAAUAAAAUGUCACCAAGUCAUGUUUGCAUGACAGGCACACUUUAAAGCCAUAGCAUAAAGAAACACUCUCUUAUAGAUCUACUGGUUGUGACGGAAUGCCAUCCCUCGUGCCCACUUGCUUGGCUGCAUUGUUUUCAGGUCCCCCUGCAGGGGAUUGCCCUACCUGUUCCUAAAGGAGCCAUAAUCACUGGCCGGAGAAGUUCCAGGAGCCUCAUGCCUGCAGCCGGACUGUCAGCAAGGCAGACAGCGACCGCAGGGGCUCCUUACCCAGGAGCUACGAGUCCAGGCUCGUAGCUGCCCAAAAAGUCCUCUCUUCAUUGCUACCUGCAUGGAGGUAUGCACCGGAGAGAGACACGAACCCCAGCAGACUCCCUGGAAUGAUGAGUCUGCUUCACGGCCGCAGAGUCACGCUGGCCACCUUGAAGUCCGUGCCGGCCAAUAGGAGAAGGGCUGCCAUUCAAACCGGUUCUGCACACUUUCUCCCGAUUGGCAGGCGAAACACCUCCCCUUCCUGAGCGCUGAUUGGUGCAAAUUGGUUUCCGCCGUUUCUCCUCAUUGGCUGCUGCGUGGUUUAGGCGGAAGAUUUGAAUCCACUGGCCGAAACCAAGUGAUUCUGGUGCGUUACUGUAUUGUGUGUAUUUUUGUGGUUUUUGUGUGUUCGGCUUCCUUUGUCCAGGAGAUACCAUUAUCUCCCAGACACCGCAUCACCUUGGCGGGCGUAUGUUUUAAUGUUACUUUGAAUGGAGACCCCCUACUGGGGGUCAGUGCAUAAAUACUGCAUAUCAUGCCUGAAAUAAACAGUUCUAUUUCACCCUUCACCAAGUCUUGACUAGUGUUUGGGUGAUACCGUGAUUGCCCUUCUGCAAACGACUAAUCACUGGCUAGCAGCUCUAAUCACUCUACAUCUGGGCACAACUAGGAAGGGGUGACCACAGUCGGUAGUAAUCCAUCCUCGAGAGGGUAUACCGCCACACCAGUAAUGAAAUCAUGCAUACAUUUACUUAUGCAUUUUUUGUUAUGGGGGUGUAGAAAGGUAUAUCUAUCAAGAGCCUUAAUAGCUGCAGAACUAUUGUCUGUAGCCUUUGCAACCCAUUCCCUGCUAACCCCUCCCAGAAUUUCUAUGGCUGUCCAAUCACAGACUACCCAAUGCAGCUCAAUGAGAAGUUGUUGCAAGGCAGGUACUCUGGGCAACUGCUGCCUCCUAGUUUAGUUCCCCUGAGCUAAAAAAAACCAGGAAGUAACAGGAGCUGUCGUCUGACCGCCAAGGAGGUAUAACUAGGUUUAUUGGGGGUGGGGGAAGAGGUUGGGGGGAGGGGGACGCACUCUUCAGACCUUCACACAUAGGAUUUUAGCAAACUAAAAUGUUUUGGGUGUUUGGAGUGUAAUACUCAUGGACUUGGGCAACAGAGGCAAAGUCUGCAUCACACAUGCCGAUUAAAUAUAUUGAUCAGUAAUGCUGCCUGUAAACUUGUCCUCUGGCCACUUGAAAAUAUGGUCUGCUAAUAGUUUUCAAAAUGUGCAGCCGUUUUUGGAGGGUGUGCAAUGCUCGGAUAUUACAUGUGACCCGUACAUAGAGAUAUAUGUGUGAGAUGUGCUGAAGCAUACAUGCACUAUGUGGCUCCCAAUGUUGGAUUUUUUUUGAAUCUACCAACCACACAUGCCCUUUGCACAAUGUUUAUAUAUAACUAUGCGGAGUGUUGGGUGGGGGGUUAGCUUACCCAAGGUGCUUGGUGUAGGCACAAACAGGUGAUUGUUCUGUUUGGGGGAGGGAUGAUAAUGUGUGCCUUAGUAUCUGUUCACUUAUAAAUCUGCUUCUGUCUUCUCUCUUCGUCUAAUCCUCUCCCUCCCCCUCUCAGGGGUACAUGUGGCAGGCUGGCCGAGACUUAAACAGAAAGACCUUAUAUUUACAACAAAAACAGGACACAAACCAGAUGUGAGGACAGCAGUAAGGAGGCGUGAUAAAGAAUGUAACUCAUUAAACAGCAGUGAAUCUGCUCUCUCUGCAAUCUACUUCUUAGUUGUGUUUUACAGUCUUGUCGCUCACUUCUGAACUUUGUAGAUUGCAGGACCCUUUGUACGUGUAGAAUUAAUUAUAAGAAGCGUUUGAGAAUACUACCUGUUGAAAUUCAUGCUCUAUAUUUAGAAAGAGCUACAAUAAACCAUGUCUAGGCUGUUAUCGAGGGCCUGGUUACCAAUUGCUAAGGAAUCUGUUGGCGCUAUAUAAAUGACGAUGAUAAUAAUAAUGGGCAUCCUCUGACCCAGUGGCGGAUCCAGGGGGAUAGCUUAAGUAUAUAGUAACGCACUGGUGUUUGUUUUUUUGUUCCCCAAAAAAAUUUUUUACUUCCUCACGGACUCACCCACAGCAUGUAACAGAGAAAACUGCUUUCUGCCUGUUUGAACUCAUUACAAGUAAUUAGCACUAGACCAGUUCUUUAAAUUCUUUACUCUGCUCAAAGCUGUAGUGCCGCCAAAGAACAUAAGUGUGCCAGAAAACUUGGCAGUAUUUUUUUAAGUAAUUUCUAAUGGCACUAAUUAGCCUAAGAUUUCACAUUAUGUGUAUUUUUCUUCUAUAAAGUAAUUUUGGAAACCGCUGGAUUUAGUAUUUCAAACUGAACUAGAUGUGUUGUGUGUCUGUUAAAAAGGUGGAUAAUUAGUUUUAUUGGCGUUAAUAUCAUCUUCCUCUUUGACCUUUCUUAUAAAUAACCAUAGUUCAAGAUUUCCACAAACCAUUUUUUUACAUUUCUAUCAAAACUAAUAAGCUCUACUUAUAUCCAUUUUAAUGAGGCAUCUCCUCAAAAGCUGUCCUGAAGGUACUCUACCUUCUUGUUUUGUUAAAAUGGAACAUUCAUCUCCAUUACUUUCACUAAUAUGUCCUAAAAUAUUGUCACAUCUCUGUGAUUAAUUAAAUCUGUGGUUUCUUGUUCUAGAUCUCGAUACAUAAGCACAGAACUCGGAAUCAGAGAGCGUCUCUUUGUUGGGGUCCUCACAUCAAAGACCACCCUCAACACUCUUGCAGUUGCAGUAAAUAAGACUCUUGGUCAUCGGCUGGAGAAGCUAGUCUAUUUCACGGGCAUGCGAGGACGGAAGCUUCCACAUGGCAUGUCAGUGGUUACCCAUGGAGACGACAGGCCGAUCUGGAACAUGUAUCAGACAGUUAAGCAUCUGUUGGAUCACUACGUUCAAGAAUAUGACUGGUUUUACCUGGUACAGGAUGAUACUUAUACAGAAGCUCAUCGGAUUUCCCGUCUGGCAGCACACCUCAGCAUUGACUCUGACCUUUACUUGGGUCGACCAGAGGAGUUCAUUGGAGGGGAUACGGAAGGGAGAUACUGCUACGGAGGCUUUGGUUAUCUGCUCUCCAGAAGCCUUCUGCGGAAGUUGCAGCCACACUUGGAAAACUGUCGCAAUGAUAUCCUGAGCGCGAGACCUGAUGAGUGGCUUGGGAGGUGUAUCAUCGAUUACACGCAUGUGAACUGUGUGGAGGAACAUGAGGUGAGACACAGGGUCUUCUUUGUGUGAUAUUGGUGUAUAACAAUAGGUACAGGAAGAAGUUGAUUUUCUAAAAUUUUUGGUUUGUGUUUUGUUUUUUUCUUAAUUUCUGGAUUGUUGCUGAACUUGUACACAUCCUUUUAGUUUGAUUGAUGUUAACCUAUGUGAUGCUUUUUAACAGCUUCUCAAAGAAUGUAACACAGGAAUUUCGGAAUGUGGAUUUUUUUGAUCUACCUGUCCAAGGGACUAAAGCGGUAGCCCAAUCUACUUGUUCUGAGACAAAAAAAAUAUUAAUUAUAAAGAUGGGGGCCCUUGCCUAGAGUCCAUUUUCACAAAUUAAAUCUGGAAAAAUGGGGGCAAAUAUAUCUGAUCACAAAAUAUUCUCUAGCUAUAGUUAGAACAUGGGUAUUUUUUUGCUUAGAAUCAAAGUUUUGUGACUUACCCUUGGUGUAGACUCUCACUUUAUCGUAGUGUAUGUGCUGUCGGUAUGUAAAGUAUGUGUGGUGGUUGCUGCCUGUGUGUUUUUGUGUGCUGCCUGUGUGUGAUUUUGUGUGGCACACAUACAGUGUGUGUGUUGGCUGUAUUUAGUUAUUUAUUUAUUUUAAAGUAAUGUGAUUCAGAUUUGUAUGCUCUACAAUUUGAGUUUUAUGCACAUAUAAGUAAUGCUUAUAAUAUAUACGAAUGUAAAUAAUAUAAUAAACGUAUAUUAAUAUACAUGUGUAUGUAUAUAGGCAUAAUACUCUAAAAAUGUAAUUAUAAAUUGUUUAGUCAAACCUUGUCUUCACUAACACACACAUUCUCUGACCCAUACACACACUCUAUUCACUCACACAAACUAACACAUGCUGACCCACAUACUAUAUUAUUAUUAUUAUUAUUAUUAUUAUUAUUAUUAUUAUUAUUAUUUAUAUAGAGCCAGCUUAUUAUUAUUAUUAUUAUUAUUAUUAUUAUUGGUAUUUAUAUAGCGCCAGCUUAUUACGCAGCGCUGUACAAUAAAAGGGGAAUUUACCAAGUGAGACAAUAACAAAAUGUAACAGGAACAAUAGGUAGUUCAGGACCCUGCUCAAACGAGCUUACAGUCUAUAGUCACAAUGCAUCUUUCACAUUAUCAGCAGCCUUCGUGGUCCUGCAGUCGAUCUGCAACUUGUCCACUUCACUAUUCUUCUCUCCAUACACAAAGUGCCGGCUGCCAGGAUAUGAUGUCAUGCUGUAUCCCAGCAGCCAUAAGCUCUGUGCAUCUGGAGGAAUGACUGCUGCUCCUCGCACCUACUCAUGCCUGGCGGUCUAUGGCAGCCCCUAGAUUGGCUCUAGGUGAAGAUGGAUAGUCCUGCCACCUCACCAAUACAUUGGGUUUUAUCAGCCACAUAGAUAUAUUCUAGGAGUCUGUAUUUAGGUCUAGAAUGUGUUAUUCGAUACAUUUUGUUUAUCUUCUUAGACCCUGUGUGCCGUACAUAUUUACGUUUUCUUUCAUUGUAUCCCAUUCAGCACUAAAAGUUUUAAGUAUGUUUUGCGUCUUGAACUCGUAGAAGGGAUAUUGCUAUGUGGGCUGUUGGUCAUCGGAGGAGAUGAUGAUGGACAAAGAUCUGCAAAAUAAGUUUAAGUUGUGUUCAGAAACUUCACUUAGAAUGAAUUCCUUGGUUGAGCCAUAGUGUUGUUGUUUUUUUUUUUUUGUUUGUUUUUUCUUUAUAUAAAUUUUUUAUUAGUUUUAUCACAAAAUACAUAAAAAUAAUUUACAUACACCAUACUCAACAUAGAUAUUGGUUUGAAACCGGUUACUCAUAAAGAAUAAGACACAUACAACAGUCUAUCAAACAAUACAUAAUGUCUUGAUAUGCUGAUAAACCCAAAUUACAAAUUAUAACCUGCCCCCUUCACCCAUCUACCUGGGGGGUACUCUACCCAACUAUCAUCUCCAAUCUCCCCAUUAUCCUGUAUUAGAGGCAUAUUCCAACUCCACAUAUUGAUCAUCAUCUACAACCAUAUCCUAUAGGAGAGGCCCUAUAACCUAAAAGGCACUCUAUAUAGAUAGGAAUGAGGAAAUAUUCCAAAAGCUGUAUAAUGGUAAACCCGGGAAGAUGGGAUAUGUCCGUGUCAAAACCCUCAAUACCCAUGUAUAACAAAAUUGUUGAGCCAUAGUUGAGAUGAACUCUGACAUUUUAUACGGAAUGUUACGUAUUUGCUACCAGAUUCCAGUUUUGGUGUAUAGUCUGAAGGAAUGCAGAGGAAUGGAACUGUAAACUGUGCAUUCUUGUAUUCUGGCAGAACCGGUUUUUGUUCCAGUUACUGUCCAUGACUCCACCUCUUAAAGGUUAAUUUACCAACCUCUACCCCUCUACCUUCCUCAGCUUCUUUUACUCUGUGCUCUCAUCUGGAACCUUUUUUUAACCCCCUCCUCCUUUACCCAUUUCAUCUUUUUUACAAAUCUUGAUUUACAAUUUUUUCCCCCUUAUAUUUUCUAGUUGUCCCUCUGCACUCCAGCAGGUUACCUGUCCCCACCCCUUCCCCAUGUUCUUUUCACCACAGUAACAUUCCAUAUAAAAUGUCAGAGUUCAUUUCAACUAUGGCUCAACCAAGUAAUUCAUUCUAAGUGAAGUUUCUGAACACAACUUAUACAAAGAUCUGCAAAAUAAGUUUAUCUCUUUACUUAACCCCAUAUUAUCUAGGUUCACAUGCUCACGUUAUUCACGAUAAGCUACCACCUCCACAACCUGAAAUCCGCAUGAUAUUUUCUACAUGACAAGGUGCCUGCAACCCGCAUCCCCGGGCAUCAGCAUGUACCACCUUAGGGCACAGGCCAUAGGCAUUGCACACAGGGACCGCAAUCCGCUCAAAACACAAGCAGAAGCUCAUAAUUGCGCAACCUCUCUUGCAGUCCCCAAACGGAGUAAUGUUCUACUCACUGUUAUGCAUGUAACCGAAAUGCCUUUUUUUUUUUUAUAAAUAAAAGUUGUUAAAUCAAAGCAUUUAAAAAAAAAAGCAUACAGGGACUGACAAUGAUCACCAGAACAACUACAUUAAGCUGUGUCCCUUUAAAUUUGAAAUUCAUCUUGAAUUAAACCAAAGUUUGCCUUUUAAUAUUGCUCACAUGCUAAAAGUCCAUAUUCCGUAUGGAUAAAUUACCUUUACCUUUUGUGUACGUUUAGCCACUUCCUGUAUAAAUCAUCAUGAAUAGUAGUAUGUACUGACACUUUUCAUUCUUAUUGAUUUAAUAUGAACCGUUUAUUGUGAUUAAUAGAUCAAUGUUACCACCAUUGAUUAGCUCUGCUUAAAAUCCUUCCAUUACUGAAACGUUUGUCUUUACCCAGCCAGGAUCUGUGUAUAAAAAGAUACAGUGAAUCCACAGAUUUAAGCUGCAUGGAUUUGAAUAUUUUUACAAACCACAUGAAAAAGGUACUAGAACAAGUAAUGAUACAAAUAAUGAACUAGAUACAGAUAGAUCUGAGCCGGUACAGGAGUACGUGCACUUCUAAAAAUGUACCAGAGCCUUACUUGCUUCAGAAGAAGUAGGAUGCUGUUCCAGCACUUUGUGUGCCUCUGAGAGCUCUUGGUCGAGAAUCGGCAUUUAAAAGCCCAGCAUUGUGUGUCCUGUUCAUGGCUUGGAGACGGUUUGGGUGACUCAUGCUGUAUAAAAUGCCAUUAUUGUUUUAAACCUGACCUCGCAGCCCAAGCACUGACUUUCUAUGCCUGUCCUGUAUUUCUCUACAUCUUUCUCUCAGACAAGAAGCACAUUCUUGAGAAUUUUUAAACCAACUUUUCUCUGCCCUAUGCAGUUCUUGAUACAUAUUCCAUUGUUAAACACAGAUAUGCACACAUCAGUCAAGCCAUAAGACUUGCUUUUUCAAACAGAGAUCUCACAUUUGAAACACCGGCCUGCACACACCACAAGCACUGCAAUGUAUUGACUAUCCACUGAUUUCCAGGUGGGAAGGGGUUUUCAAUCACCUUUUGUCCAACCAUAACUCUGUUGGUUUCAGCUCCGCAAGUAACAGCAAGCCUUAAUAGCAAGCCAGUAACCAGUUUCAUGCUGAUGAUUUGCAUUCACAAUGAAACUAUCCGAGUGGUUCUCUUUCUUUGAAUCUCUUCCUGAGUUGUGUUUCAAUGCUGAUGUAUACAGCAACCAUAUACUACAAGGAAUCCAUGUAUAAAGUAGAAUUUGAGGCAAAAUGGUGAUUCUUUUUUGAACUCCUUUCCAUAUGCCCACCCAGAAUCCCUUGCAGUACUAACAGCACUGCAAAUGUGAGAUUUGUCGGAAAAGAAAGUCUUAUGGCUGGUGGAAUUUUACCCCACCAGAACUUUUUUUUUAAGGUGUGGUAGGGGGUGUGUGUGUGUGUAUGUGUCUGUCUGUACUAGUCCUAUUUUGGUAAAGCUUACAGACCCACAUCCUGAGCAUGUAACAAAGUCAAGAAGGAUACAUAGGCCAGCUGGUUUUCAUCUACCAUCAGAAUUUCUUGCAUGUUAAGUGCAACAGUCAUUUUAAAAACCUUUUUAUUUUUUGUCUUUGCGUAUGCUUACAUUCGCGAUCUAGAGCUAUCCAUUGUCACAAAGUGAUCUGCGCGAUAUCUUUCUUCGUGCUGUUUCCGUCACAUUUUCCAUCUUUCUGCUCAUAUUUCAUUUAGAUUAGAGGUUUCCAAAAUUGCUGCCUAGUCAAACACGUGCUAGUCAAUUAAUACGUGAAAAGUCGUCAGUCUGAUAUUGGGAGUUAGUCCACAAUAUUUGGGAGCUGCGUGUACCUAUAACACUAGAGCACGGGUGCCCAAAAGGUAGAUCAUCAGAUGAUUGAAAACUACAGUUUCCUUGUCAUUCUAAAGACACGCAAAGCAUCAUGGAAGUUGUAGUUUUAAAACAUCUGGGGAUCUGCCUUUUUGGCACUCCUGUUCUAGAGGAUCCUUUACGAAUGGUGCAGUGGUCGUCUUGCUUUCUUGUGAUUGAUAGAACCCUUUUAAAAAGGUUAUGAAAAGCAGUACGUUUGGGUAUUUUGGGGUAGGAUGUGACCCUUUUGUCAUAAUCGUAAUAAUCUUCUUCUUCAUUUUAAAGACGAAGAGGUAGAAUUGGGAAUAUUUUUAAAGUAACAGUUACGCACUAAUUGUGACAUAUGAACAGGGUGUGUGACUCAUUCUAUUCAUUUGCCUCAAAUGAAAGAUGUACAAAGUGUGAUUACUUCUUUCCAAUAACUGUUUUCCCUCUCUCCCCUCCCUCUUUUCGCAGGGAAUAAGAUACCGUUAUUUUGAGUUGGGUAAGAAUGUGGACCCCGAGAGAGAGAAUGACCCCAUGUUUAAAAAUGCCUUUACGGCUCACCCAGUGCUGGAUCCUGUGCAGAUGUAUCGUCUUCACAAACACUUCGCCCAUCUAGAGUUGGAACGAACUUACCUAGAAAUCGAGCAAUUACAGGUAUGUUGUUUGCAGCCUUUUUAAAUAUUGAUCAAUGGUUUCAGCAGUGGAAAUGCAGAAAUGGGUCAGUAAGAAAGGCCCUCUAGCUAUUAUGGCCCUCUGACUUUCAAAGAAUAGUACCCAUCAGCACCCAUCUGACCCAUCAUGGACUUGUUUGCUUCAUUCUCUUUCUGAACUGAUGAACUGUUUGAUACCCCUGAGCCGAAUCCUUCAUUGUAAACAUUGCAUGUACAUGGUCGUAUGAAACCGAAACUUUGUGCAGAUUCAGUGCUGCCCCCCAGUGUUCAUUUGAAGAAACAAUAAUCUUUUUUUUUUUUUUAACACAUCUGCUUGAUUGCGGUCAUUGGGUUUCACUCUCUCCAGGCUGCCUAACUCACAUGUGCUGGUAAUGUAACUAGCCCCCGGCACAGAAACGCUGCACAUACUGCUGCCAUGACCACUUCUAUUUAAAAGGUUACUCCAACCAGCAUGACCACUUCUGCUUUAAGAACUACUGUUUAGUCAGCACUGAUUUCCAUCCUGAAUAAUGCUCUUUGUUUUCACAGAGGGAGAUUCAAAAUGCCAGCAGCCAGUCCAUUGAUGGGGAGAAAUCCGCAGCCUGGCCACUAGGAAUCCACCCUCCUUUCAAACCACAGACUCGUUUUGAGGUCUUACGGUACGAUUACUUCACUGAGGACCAAACGUUUUCAUGUGCUGACAGCUCCCCCAAGUGUGAACUGAUUGGAGCUGAUCUUGCUGAUGUAUCUGAUGUUAUCAGCACCGCCGUUGAUGAACUGAAUCGCAAGUACCAGCCUGUGCUCCAUGUGCGCAAACAACAGCUCCUGAAUGGCUACCGACGCUUCGACCCCACGCGUGGUAUGGAAUAUACAUUAGAUCUCCAGCUAGAACUGGUGACUCAAAAGGGCCAUAGCCGCUCCAUAACCAAGAGGGUACACCUUGUGCGUCCUCUGAGUGAGGUGGAAAUCAUUCCAAUGCCAUAUGUAACGGAAGCAAGUCGAAUCAACAUCAUUCUCCCUUUGACUGCCCAAGACAGAGAAUAUGCCUCUCGUUUCCUCCAAGCCUUCAUUGAUAUUCAAGGCAACGAAAACUCUCUUCUUACGCUCCUUUUUAUCUAUGAUCCUUUCCAGGCUCAGCAGGUUAGCCAAAAUGACAUUUUCAGCCAAGUAAAGAGUCAGAUUGCUGAAUAUGAGCGCAAGUACCACGACCUAAAGAUCCCAUGGAUCAGCGUGAAGACUGAUGCACCUUCCCAAAUCCGACUUAUGGACAUUAUCUCCAAAAAGCAUCCGGUGGACACAUUAUUCUUCCUUGCCGGGGUGGGUAGCCAUGUUAACACAGACUUCCUGAAUCGAUGCCGCAUGAAUACAAUCAACAACUGGCAGGUAUUUUUCCCCAUACACUUCCAAGGUUAUAAUCCUGAGGUAUCAGAGCAUGGACAGCAGUCCCCUCCAGCCACUCUGGAGUUGGUGAAAGAUGCUGGCCGCUUUGACAGAGAUGUUUUUGAGGAGGCCUGCUUCUACAACGCAGACUACAUGGCAGCCCGAACAAAGAUGGCAGCAGAUGCACAGGAAAACGAGGAAAUCUUGGAAAUGCUCGACAUCUAUGAGAUGUUUAUCCGCUACUCAGGACUACAUGUCUUCCGAGCAAUAGAGCCUGCACUUCUGCAGCAUUAUCGUUCUCGGGCGUGUAACCCUCGACUGAGUGAGGAGAUUUACCACCGCUGUGUGCAGAGCAACCUAGAAGGAUUGGGCUCACGCUCCCAGCUUGCUGUGCUGCUUUUUGAGCAGGAGCAGGGAAAUAGCACUUGACCGAAUCUUCCUCAGUCCCAGCUUGGUGAUGGAGAGAGACCUUAAGGCACUCCUAAACAUACCAGUAUGUUGCUAUAGACUAAUGGGACUUCAAUAAGCCCUUUUAAAAUAGCCAGUGCUCCAGCACAUGUGAUUUACAUGAGGUUCUAUAAACUGGGAAAUUUUAAAUCUGACGUGAGGGAACAUUCCCUCCAAUAGUGACUGCCUGCAGCAUUGCAAUUCUUUUAUGUCUGUGUAUUGUAUUGUGUGUUUGAAUCUGACGUAGCCCUGUACUGUGUGAAAAUGUUGACUACGGUACUUGCUGUUUUUUUUGUUUUUGUUUUGGGGACCUGUCAGAUUAUUUCCUUUUUCUUUAAAUUGGUUAUCAUGCAAUGUAGCCUAUUUACUCUCAAUGUCUAGUAAUGUCACUUUGAUUCCCUUCUCUUGUUUUUCCUUUUUUUUUUGUCACUGUUCCCCUGUGCAGGUUACAUUGUUCUUAAAGGUCAAAUCUGUACUAGUGCUUGUUGCUUUUCCAUUGAGAACAAAAGUGCAAUGCACUCCCUGUGCAGGAAGCAAAUGUAAAAUGGUAUGUCAGGAAUCUGAGUCCAGGUCCACAAAUUAUCACACCUUUACACUCCAGGUAUCCAGAUUAGACAAAAACGGCACUGCCAAACAUGUUCAAACUAAAUCAUGUCACUCCAAUAAUGUGUUAAUUUAUAUUGCCAGUAAAAUAACUCCAUGGAAGGGACUCCAGCUAAUAUUACUCAAAGCAUAAUAUUGAACUGGGUAAUAAAAUCUAGAACCCAGCAGCUAGCAAUAAGUUAAGUGUAUUUUUCUGGUUUAAGAAGUUAUAACUGUUUUGGGAGGUAUACAAAAUGUGGAUAAUUACGUCAUGCAUUUAAUCUGUAGUCAGUGUGUCUGCGCAGAAAGGUACUUUAUGGUUUGUUAGUUUUGUUUUUAGAGACCGUGCGCUGUUAACCUCUUCAACAGACCACUCUGUGUCGGUGGUUCUGAAGCAAGAAGGGACAUUCAUUGUUACGGUCCUUUAACCUGUUUCGGUGGCAGAGAAUUGUGCAAUACCUUUUCAGAGCAAUGCAACGUCCCACCGUAUCUGGAGCCCACUACCAGAUUUUGUCUCUUUUAGGAGUGUGAGCGCAUGUCGUACUGCUAACUUGUUCUGUUGUCAAACUUGAAUUUUUAUUUUUUUAUUGACCAUUUCCAUUACCUGUUUUAAAAUCUCUUCAAUGGCAGAGACUCGCGGCAGUAUCCUGCUUUCUAGGGUAGAUAUUGCGGUUCUCUGUACCAAUGCAGAGGUUAAUACUAAACAAGUUGUAUGGAUUUCACACUGGGGAUGGGAGGAGGUGCAUUAAUUUAAAAAAUGAAGUAUCUUUUUGUAUGAUCUGUAAACACCACAGGCGCCUCUUGAAAGCAAUCAUUUUUAUAUUAUAGAUCUAUUUAAUUUUUUUUUUUUGUCAUUUGAUUUUAAAUAUUCUACUUUAAUAAAAAUGCAAGAAACCUGU